AUGCACCACAAAAAAGAGUAAGUAGAAGUGUUGUAUGAGGUUUUGUCCUUAUCCAAUGAGGUUGAAGUAUUCCUCCCUAUCCUGAUAAACACAUUGAAAAAAGAGAGAAUCUAAAACUGCCUAAAAUUUCUCUCAUAAGAUCAAAACAAAUUCCUUUUAGAAAUUGAAAGUUAAAAGUAGAAAACUAAUCUCUGCUUGAGAAAGAAUAGACUCUUAAUGAAGAGAAGAAUAUUAAGAUAAUAACAAAUGUCCUCAAAAAAGUUAUGGAUUAUGACUUUAAUAAACAGAAUUACUCUAAGGAUGAUUAUGAAGAAUUUAAAAAGGAUCUAAUCACAAAAAUAGCAUUGAAUAAGAAGAUAAUAGAAUUCCUAAAAUUUUUAGUUCAUCUAACUGCUUUAGAUGAGACCUAUAUUUGGUGUGGAUCAUAUUCCCUUCAUUUGCUAGUUU